AUGGCGCGCCGAGUGGGUCCUUUGUUUCUGCCAGCAACACAGGCAAGUUCAGGCUUUUCGAUGGGUGUCCAGGGUUCAAUCUCCGGGUACACGACUACUGUGACCAUGGGCGUUCAGGCUCUAGGUGCAGGGCUCGGGGCGGUCGUCUGUAUGUAUCGGGGGCUUGGUACAGACGGCGGGAUGGCCUCCACCGUCCGAUCUUUCUGUGUCUUCAUCUUCUUCUUCUACACCGCGUUCCUCGUGACUGUUGCUUUCGGCAAGUAUGAAGCUGGUGAGACGGUCACUCUGUGGGUGAACAAGGUUGGUCCUUAUAAUAAUCCCCAAGAGACCUACAAUUACUACAGUCUUCCAUUUUGCCACGCACCUGGCAACCCUGCUCACAAAUGGGGUGGGCUCGGUGAGGUUCUUGGAGGGAACGAGCUCAUCGAUAGCCAGAUCGAAAUAAAAUUCAAGAGAGAUGUGGAGAAGACUACGAUUUGUGAAAUUGAACUUGAUGCAGCAAAAGCUAAGCAGUUUAAGGAUGCAAUUGAUAAUUCAUACUGGUUUGAAUUUUUUAUGGGUUUUGUUGGUGAGGUUCUUCCUGAUAGAAACCGUGAUACUAAGCAUGUGCUAUGGACACACAAGAAUCUUGUUAUCAAUUACAAUGGGAACCAGAUUAUUCAUGUCAAUCUCACUCAAGAUAACCCUAAGCCACUUGAAGAGGGACGAGCGCUCGAUAUGACAUACUCCGUCAAAUGGGUUCCAACGAACAUUACAUUUGCACGCCGUUUUGAUGUUUAUUUGGAUUACCCGUUUUUUGAGCACCAGAUCCACUGGUUUUCUGUCUUUAAUUCUUUCAUGAUGGUAAUUUUCCUUACUGGAUUGGUGUCAAUGAUAUUAAUGCGAACUCUGCGCAAUGACUAUGCCAAAUAUGCCCGGGAAGAUGAUGAUCUCGAGACUCUGGAACGGGAUGUAAGUGAAGAAUCUGGUUGGAAACUUGUUCAUGGUGAUGUGUUCCGGCCUCCCCAUAAUCUGGCUCUGCUAUCUGCAGUUGUUGGCACUGGCGCUCAGCUGGCCACACUUGUUUUGCUCGUCAUCAUUUUAGCAAUUGUGGGAAUGCUUUACAUAGGGAGAGGAGCAAUUGUCACCACCUUCAUCGUAUGCUAUGCUUUUACCUCAUUUAUUGCUGGUUAUGUCAGCGGUGGCAUGUAUUCCCGCAAUGGUGGUAAGAAAUGGAUUAAGUCAAUGAUCCUCACGGCCUCACUCUUCCCAUUCUUGUGCUUUGGAAUUGGCUUCAUCCUCAACACAGUUGCUAUAUUUUAUGGUUCCCUGGCCGCCAUCCCAUUUGGUACAAUGGUGGUUGUUUUUGUCAUAUGGGCCUUUAUUUCAUUCCCCUUGGCUCUUCUGGGCACCGUUGUGGGAAGAAACUGGAGUGGCACCCCAAACAAUCCUUGCCGAGUGAAGACUAUCCCUCGCCCAAUUCCGGAGAAGAAAUGGUACCUGACACCAUCCGUUAUAUCUCUCAUGGGGGGUCUGCUUCCUUUUGGAAGCAUCUUUAUCGAGAUGUAUUUUGUCUUCACCUCCUUCUGGAAUUACAAGGUUUACUAUGUGUACGGCUUCAUGCUUCUCGUGUUUGUGAUUCUGAUCAUUGUCACCGUUUGCGUGACAAUUGUGGGCACAUAUUUCUUGUUGAAUGCCGAGAACUACCAUUGGCAGUGGACUUCGUUUUUCUCCGCUGCCUCAACUGCUCUAUACGUAUACUUCUAUUCGGUAUAUUACUACCAUGUCAAGACCAAGAUGUCGGGCUUCUUCCAGACCAGCUUCUAUUUUGGAUACACUUUGAUGUUCUGUCUUGGUCUUGGAAUACUAUGUGGUGCGGUUGGAUUUUUGGGAUCCAACUUGUUUGUCAGGAGAAUUUACAAGAACAUCAAGUGUGACUAG